UCUCCGACUCACGUGAUCACGCCUAGGGAGAAAACGCCUGACCCCAGCCCCUGGCCUGCGCGUUGCCCGUCGCAGUUUUGGCUUGCAGCUCCUCGGCCUUUCGCCCUUCGGUGUCCUGCGCGUCUCUCCUCCGUGUCCCGGGGUUUUUCCCGAGGACUUGUCCGCCAUGCGCCUCCUGCCCCUGCCUCCAGGUGGGCCGCGGUGGGUCGGUCCCAGCCACCUGUCCGCCUGGAAAGCUGCCCUGCGGCUGGUACUGCUGCUUAGCGGCUGCCUGGGGGGAUCCGGGGUGGCGGCCGGCUCCCGGAGGCCCAACGUGGUGCUGGUGCUCACCGACGACCAGGACCAAGUGCUCGGCGGCAUGACACCACUGAAGAAAACCAGGGCCCUCAUUGGAGAGAUGGGGAUGACUUUCUCCAAUGCUUAUGUGCCAAGUGCUCUUUGCUGCCCCAGCAGAGCCAGCAUCUUGACAGGGAAGUACCCCCACAAUCACCACGUUGUCAACAACACUUUGGAGGGAAACUGCAGUAGCAUUUCUUGGCAGAAGAUCCAAGAGCCAAAUACUUUCCCAGCAAUUCUCAAAUCAGUGUGUGGUUAUCAAACCUUCUUUGCAGGAAAAUAUUUAAAUGAGUAUGGAGCUCCAGACGCAGGUGGACUAGAACACGUUCCUCUGGGCUGGAGUUACUGGUAUGCUUUGGAAAAGAAUUCUAAAUACUAUAAUUAUACCCUCUCUAUCAAUGGGAAGGCCCGUAAGCAUGGAGAAAACUAUAGUGUGGACUACCUGACAGAUGUUCUGGCUAAUGUCUCCUUGGACUUCCUGGACUACAAGUCUAACUUUGAGCCAUUCUUCAUGAUGAUCUCCACUCCAGCACCUCACUCACCUUGGACAGCAGCACCUCAGUACCAGAAGACUUUCCAGAAUGUCUUUGCCCCAAGAAACAAGAACUUCAACAUCCAUGGAACGAACAAGCACUGGCUAAUCAGACAAGCCAAGACUCCAAUGACUAAUUCUUCAAUACAGUUUUUAGAUAAUGCCUUUAGAAAAAGAUGGCAAACUCUGCUCUCAGUGGAUGACCUCGUGGAGAAACUAAUCAAGAGACUGGAGUUCACUGGGGAGCUUGACAACACGUACAUCUUUUAUACCUCAGACAAUGGCUAUCACACAGGGCAGUUUUCUUUGCCAAUAGACAAAAGACAACUGUAUGAAUUUGAUAUCAAAGUUCCACUGUUGGUUCGAGGGCCUGGGAUCAAACCAAAUCAGACCAGCAAGAUGCUCGUGGCCAACAUUGACUUGGGUCCUACAAUUUUGGACAUUGCUGGCUAUGACCUGAAUAAGACUCGAAUGGAUGGAAUGUCCUUAUUGCCUGUUUUGAGAGGAGCUAGUAAUUUGACAUGGCGAUCGGAUGUCCUGGUGGAAUAUCAAGGAGAAGGCCGGAAUGUCACUGACCCAACCUGUCCUUCCUUGAGUCCUGGCGUGUCUCAAUGCUUCCCAGACUGUGUGUGUGAGGAUGCCUACAACAAUACGUACGCGUGCGUGAGGACAGUGUCGGCGCUGUGGAAUUUACAGUACUGCGAGUUUGAUGACCAGGAAGUGUUUGUGGAAGUCUAUAAUCUGACUGCAGACCCAGACCAAAUCACUAACAUCGCUAAAAUUAUCGACCCAGAGCUUCUAGGAAAGAUGAACUACCGCUUGAUGAUGUUACAGUCGUGUGCUGGGCCAACCUGUCGCACUCCAGGGAUUUUUGACCCAGGGUACAGGUUUGACCCCCGUCUCAUGUUCAGCAAUCAUGGCAGCAUCCGGAAGCGAAGGUUCUCAAAACAUUUUCUGUAGCGACUGAGCCCAGCCUCUGCUACUGGAUCCCUGCCCGCCUCUUUCUCAUGAAGUGAUUGCUGUAGGUGUGUGUAGCUCCUUCUUUGAGACCAUGCCUGGAAGAGCUCUGGACUGGCCAUUUUAAGUCCUGUUUGAACGAGCCACCUGAGAGCUGACUUGCGUGUUGUGGUAAACUGUGAAUCUGCCCCUGUGUCAGCAGUGGCUGACCCUGGUCUUUUUUCUAAGUAGAUGAGCACUUCUGAGGUCUCCCUCCUGAUCCAGGACCACUGAUAGGAUCCAUGUGGCCCAAGUCUGAAUUGAUAAGCCUAUUCAGGUAAAUAGCAAUACUUUAGGG